AUGAUCGCCAAGCAAGUGAGAAUAGCGAACGGAAAGGUAACAUUUUCGUUCUAUGUAUAAUUUUGUUGGAAUUGUAAAAAGGAGGGACAUAUCUCCUGUGAGAAUGAGGAUCCUAAAAAUCAUCCAAACCCGGCUAGAAGCAACAACCCUCCAUAUUCGGAAUUGGUGAUAACGAAUGAUCUAGUAGACGCAGGCGAUCCAAAUUUUUUCGAACAACAGGUUUCGGCUAUUGCUUGUAAAGGCAGAGAUGUUCUUGCCUGUACUACGACUGAGUCUGGUAGGAAGGCUGCAUUUUUAUCACCAGUUCUGACAGCUUUGAUCAGCGAUGGACGCCUUAGCAGCAACUCCGACGUCGUAUGCAGCCCAAGGUAUGGAUAUUAA